UUUUGGGCAGGAUAUCCCACGGACGUGUCCUUGUCAUCUGGAUACAUUUUUCGCGAUGUCCUGUGGAUAUCUUCUGUUUACCUUCCCCAAUGUGACUUCUUUCUGUUGAAUUUCUGUCAGCUGCUACAUUCCGCUUACGACUCUGCCUUGGACAUGUCACAAGAAGAUGGUCUUGCACCGCCUGGCUUCUAUGGAACCCAAAUUUCCGACACCUUGCCUGAUCUGCCGACUCAGGAUAUCAAGCUUUUUCGUCAAUUUUACGGGACAACCCAACCAGAGCGAUACACCUUGGAUUUAUCGGACACUCCCAGCGGACAGGAACUCCAAGGAGAAUUAGAGGCUCUCAAAGGACGGCUGGAGGAGCUGAUGGGGACUAUUGGCAAGGUGGGCGAUGCAUCUGCCAAUACUUUGGAUGAUGGGGAGCUUGUUGCUCUUAUCAAGGACGCACUGCAGCUUCCGCGCAAAGCCAGGAGAGUGGUAGACCCUGACAAUUCGGAAACUGAAUCAGACAGCGAUUCGGACAAGCUCUCGCUCUCUUCGCGUGUCGACUUUCUUACCAAUCCCGCCCUCGAAAAAGACACUAAAUGGCACAUGAGAGGCCUCGAUUUGUAUCUCACGUUGGAUGAGCAACUAACAACAGCACGCUGCGUCGAAGCCACUGCCGAGAGUGCUCUCGUUCAGAUCCAGGUGGAACAGGAGAAGCUGCGCUUGAAAGCCAAGGCAUGUCGAGAAGCCAUUGGGGAGAGACGCGAUAGAUGUGAGAGGCUCUACAAUGCGAGGAUGGCUUUGAAGAAGCACCUGAUGAAUCCAGACCUUUCUCGUUAGUGUAGAAAAUCUGUUAUAUUGUGCUAAUACGUAUGGUUUGUCCGUAAAAAUAUAACCCGUGUUUUUGUCUUGCUGCC